UACAAGUCGUCCUCACAGAAACAUUAAAACGUGCUGCUUAUGGGUUGUUGAGCUUACCGUUGAAAUAAUAAUUGUCGAUGCCAACGAAAUAAGUGUAAAGACUGAAAGAGCUUAUAAAAAUUGAAGCCAGCACGUAUAAUUGCAUGUGCAUUAAAAACACAGAUCACAAUACCGAAAAACUGAAUAUUAUUUGAAAAUCCAUUAAAAGAUUAAAAAAUCGAUGCCGAUACAAAGUUGUUCUUAAUAAAAAUCUUACGCCAAUACGUGUUCUCGCGUGUGCUUAAUAUCUAACUUAUUUAUAUACUUAACAUUUAUUAUAACUACAUAGGUAUAUGGAAUUUCACUCUAAGUAAUGCAUAUCUUUGAAAGACAAAUGAAUUAAAGCAACAUGUCGCGUGGCAAACAUGCCACAUUCUUAAAUAAUUCGCCAAUUAAAAUCAAACCAUUCAUUAUAUUAGUCUUGAAUUUAAAUAUAUGGUGUCAAUAUAUUAGUGCAACUUCAUAUUUAAGCGUGAACGACCUAACCAAUUCGGAGCGACCUUUCUUUGAUGAUAUCAGCCCGAGAAAUGUGUCGGCCGUAGUCGACGAAAUCGCAAUAUUAAGAUGUCGGGUUAAAAACAAAGGAAAUCGCACGGUAUCAUGGAUGCGUAAGCGGGACCUUCACAUUCUUACAACGAACAUUUAUACGUACACCGGCGAUCAACGAUUUUCUGUAAUACAUCCACCAGGCAGUGAAGAUUGGGACUUAAAAAUUGAUUAUGCACAGCCUAGAGACAGUGGCGUAUAUGAGUGUCAAGUGAAUACCGAGCCUAAAAUAAAUUUAGCAAUUUGUUUGCAAAUAAUAGCUGACAACGACUUUCAAGACCUUAAAACUAAAAAGCGGUUUUACGACACAAAGUCGGCUAGAGCAAAAAUUCUGGGAUCGACGGAAAUUCAUGUAAAACGGGAUAGCACUAUUGCCCUGGCUUGCUCUGUUAAUAUACAUGCACCAUCUGUGAUUUGGUAUCAUGGCUCAUCAGUUGUUGACUUUGAUUCACUUCGCGGAGGAAUAAGUUUAGAAACGGAAAAAACUGAUAUAGGAACAACGAGUCGAUUGAUGCUAACGCGAGCCUCAUUAAGGGAUUCUGGAAAUUAUACAUGCGUUCCAAAUGGAGCCAUUCCAGCUUCUGUUAGGGUUCACGUUUUAACUGGUGAGCAGCCUGCAGCAAUGCAAACAAGUUCUGCCAUUCGGAGUGGGGCUUUCACUGCAAUGAUAACUAUCAUAUCAGCAAAAGUGUUGUUAUAUAUUUCAAGUCUUAUGGAGCAUGUGUAUCUAAGAGAAAGAUGACUAACUAACCAAUAGAAUUUCCAUUAAAAUAUAUAUAUAACAUUAAGAUGGCAGCGUGCUCGGGGAGGAACCAUUGUAAAAUCGCGCUCUGUUUAAUGCAAAUACGAACACUACAUGUAAUUCCUAUAGUACUAUGAAAUAAAAACCUAUAAUAAAUAUCAAA